AUGUCCGAACAGCGACUAUUCGCCUGCGAGCGAUGUUCACGCCGCAAACAACGAUGCGAUCGCACAGUCCCUGUUUGUCAACCAUGCCAAGAAGCUCAAGCAGAAUGCAUUGGCUCAGCGUCCGAGGGGACUAUUAUAUCCGGUAAUAACAGAGUCGCUGCGCGGAAAGGACCUGUCACGCGAUUGCUGGAGCAGAUUGACAUCUUGGAAGAGAAGCUUCGGGGUCAUGACCGAGGGGAGACUAGUAAUGACAAUGCUUCUGCAGCGGUUGACCCUGAAAGGGCUUCGUCAGAUGCUGCCGCGGAGCUAUCUGAGCACCGGGGUAGUGCAGCGUUACCGCAAUCGACAAGCAUGGAUAUGAGAUUCCUUUCACUAAGCGCCAUGACCGAGCCGUCUUCCCGUCGGGGCGAGUUCCUCAAACACCUCUCCACCCAGCGUUUAAUUGUAGGCAUCACAAAGACCUACGGCGGUGAUCCUGAGUCUACCGCUCGCCCCGAUUCACUAUGGGAGGGCAUAUCGGCAUAUCUACAUCAUCCUCAGGGUAGUAAGCAUCGCUUACGUAUACCCCCCGCCGACGCGAACAAAGCCCUCGAGAUAUAUCUCGCAGUGGUCGACUUUCGUUUUCCUCGCCUCCCUGUGGACAAGGUGCUACUAGGCAUUGAUGCCAUAUCGCAUGUUGAAGAGGACCAUUUCAGAAGGGUUGUCGCUACAGACCCGGCGCAUGUUUUUAUGGCAUACGCUGUCAUAACUAUCGUGCCACUUGUCAGCGAUGCCUACCCCAUAUCACAAGGAUCCUGGGUGUCAGUGCACCUUCUGGGAAAGUGCAUGGAACUACUCGAUAGGGUGUUUAAUCAAGAAGAUGGCAUCGAUAUAAUCCAGUGUCUACAACUUCUGGUCAUUCUUGCCGUGCACUGCUCCGCCGCUGGAUCGGCCUGGCAUCUGUCCAGCUUCGCGAUGAAUAAGUGCAUCGCCUUGGGAUAUCAUCGGGAGGACCCAAAGUCUGCUUCCAUGUCGUUACUGGAUGUUCAGCAGAGACGCUGGGCGUUUUGGGGAUGUUAUUUUCUGGAUGUCCUGAUAUGUGCCGCUUUGGGGAGACCACCGAGUAUUGAUGUCAAACAUAUCACUACUCCUCUGCCAGCGGAUCCUGCAUCAAAUUCAUCUAGUCAAUGUGCACAGCAUGGACAGAUCAUAUCAAAUCUCCGAACUUCCCCUUCCACGACCCACCGUCUCGUUUCUCGCGACGUAUAUCACAAACAACUAUUCCAAUAUGCCCGACUUCUAUCUCAGGUUGUUAGUGAGGCUGCAAACAGUCCCCAAUCGUCAGGUCCUUGCGACGAUUUCGAGCAUCACCUCGGGCAGGCCCUUAGCUGGAGAAUCAGCUCACUGCCACAUGAUGAGCCAGACAGCUGUAACAUCUAUCUCUUCCAGACCUCCUUAUAUAACACCCUUAUGUUACGACUGGCAGUCAGGGAGCUACUGAUUCUAUUCUCUUUCGGACCUGACUUGCAUGACUCCGAACCUACAUCUGAGCCAAUCACUAUGUUUCUAGGCGAUAUAAAUACUGAGGAGAGUCGGAUGAAGAGAUUGAAGAUUUCACAAAUAUGCGCAGCUGUGGCGCGAAGUUUGGACCGCGUUCACAUGACCGGUCGUUCUUAUCUCUCUCUCAUCACUGGCUACAGCUCUUUGACCAUGGCAUUUACGUGUUUAUACUUCAUGGCUGUUCGAACCAUCGUCAGGCACGCAACAGCAGAGAACACCACUUGGGACGUUCCUCAGAGUCACUUGGGAUCAGAUGGCUCAAGUAUGACAUGGCACCCGCCACCGUCUUCAUUCCCCUUCCAGAACUCUGGAGAUACCGUACCAUCAUUUGUUCCAUCACCCGAAAGCCAGGCAUGGGCGGAUAGCUUUGAGGUUGAUGGUGUCAAUGACGCGUUCAAUAUUGCCGUUGCUAAAGUUGACGUAGUGGGAAGACAAUUCCCUCGACUCAAUCAUUAUGGUCGCAUGGCUCUCGAUAUUCGUAAGCUUCUGAUAUCAAUGUCAAGCCCGGCUGCAUUCUUAUCACCAACUGAGGCUGUUGGCGAUCAGCUUGGAGCAGUCAAGGCCAGCGCUCAGGAUAUUGGACCAAUGUAUUUAAGGCAGCUCACAGCUGCCAUCUUGUGUAUAAUCUCUCAGGCUCAACCGAAUUGA